AAACAACGAGUGAAGAAAGAAAACUACUGCUGGGCUUCUUUUUUGUUCACUCGUUUAGUACUUCGUUUUAUUUUAAUUUGUUCACUUUUGUCAUUUGCUGGGACGGAAUUCCGCACCAACAGCACGCGAAAGCGCAUGCGCAAACACCUGGCUGCGCGUGACGCCUAUUAGAGGAAAGCUCCUUUGUCGAACGCGCGAGGAAAGGAGAUUAGAAAAGUACAGCAAACGUCCGCAAGCAACAGAGAGGUGUUACAACGUCGUUUGGCUCCGUCCAGCCCUACAGUUCAACUUUUAGCCACCCUUUCUCCUCCUUCCAGGUGAGCGCCACUGAGAAUUUUUUUUCCAAUCCGAGACGAAGAGAAAAGAGAAAAGUAAUGGACCCGGGUGGAGAAUUAUGAACAAGCUAGCGCCGUCCGUGUGGAGAGCGAGACGGGAAGAAGAAGAGUAAAAGAAUUUGACGGGCUGGACAGAGGGACAGGAUGGGGCUCGAUCUCAGCACUCUCCGGACCCUCAUCAGCAGAUAUUGUGUAGGUGAGGAGAACUGGGUGGACAGUAGGACAAUCUACAUUGGACACAAGAAGCCUCCUCCAGGGGCGGAAGCCUUCAUACAACAAAGAUUUCCAGACAACAGGAUAGUCUCCUCUAAGUACACAUUUUGGAACUUCAUCCCCAAGAAUAUGUUUGAGCAGUUCAGGAGAGUUGCCAACUUCUACUUUCUCAUCAUCUUUCUGGUUCAGUUGAUCAUUGACACACCCACCAGUCCUGUCACCAGUGGACUGCCGCUCUUCUUUGUCAUCACAGUUACAGCUAUCAAGCAGGGUUAUGAGGACUGGCUGAGACACAAAGCGGACAAGGCUGUCAACCAGUGUCCCGUCCACGUACUGCAACAUGGCAAAGUGAUCUGCAAGCAGAGUCGCAAACUGCGGGUGGGAGACAUAGUCUUUGUGAAGGAAGAUGAAUCGUUCCCCUGUGAUCUCAUUCUCUUGUCCUCAUCCCGGGAUGAUGGAACCUGCCAUGUCACCACAGCCAGUCUGGAUGGCGAGAGCAGUCACAAGACAUACUAUGCAGUGCAGGACACCAAAGCUUAUAACGCUGAGAAGGAGGUGGAUUCAAUCCAUGCGACCAUCGAAUGUGAACAACCACAGCCAGACCUGUACAAGUUUGUUGGUCGCAUCAACAUUUACAUGAACAAUGAGCCAGUGGCAAGGCCAUUGGGAUCGGAGAACCUGCUUCUCAGAGGAGCCACACUGAAGAACACAGAGUGCAUUUAUGCAGUUGCCAUCUACACUGGGAUGGAAACAAAGAUGGCUCUUAACUACCAGUCCAAGUCUCAGAAACGCUCAGCAGUAGAAAAGUCAAUGAACGCCUAUUUGGUGGUCUACCUAUGCAUUCUCAUCAGCAAGGCCUUUGUCAACACAGUGCUAAAAUAUGCGUGGCAGGCUGACCCCAUCAGAGACGAGCCCUGGUACGAUCAGAGAACUGAGGCAGCGAGGCAGAGAAACAUUGUGAUCAGAGCCUUCACAGACUUCCUGGCCUUCAUGGUCUUAUUCAACUACAUUAUCCCCGUUUCCAUGUACGUCACUGUGGAGAUGCAGAAGUUCCUGGGCUCCUAUUUCAUGAUGUGGGAUGAUGAGAUGUUUGACCAGGAGCUUGGCGAGAGAGCAGUGGUCAACACAUCGGACCUGAAUGAAGAGCUGGGACAGGUGGAGUAUGUGUUUACUGAUAAGACAGGAACGCUGACAGAGAACAACAUGGAGUUCAUCGAGUGCUGUGUGGAUGGACAUGUUUAUGUCGCCCAAGCUAUUUGUAAUGGACAGGUUUUGCCUGGUGCAGACAGCAUGGACAUGAUUGACACAUCACCGGGUCCUGAGGCCAGGCAGCGCGAGGAGUUGUUUUUCCGUGCGCUGUGCUUAUGCCACACUGUGCAAGUGAAAGAGGAGGAGACGGUAGAUGGCAUCAAGCAGGGCAUCCACCUUGGCAAGUCCACUUCCUUCUACAUCUCGUCCUCUCCGGAUGAGGUGGCGCUUGUAGAGGGCAUGAAGAGACUUGGCUUCACGUAUCUGAGACUCAAAGACAGUCACAUGGAAAUCUUGAACCGGGAAGAGGAGAUUGAGAGGUUUGAACUCCUGGAAGUUCUGACCUUUGACUCUGUCAGAAGGAGGAUGAGCGUCAUUGUCAGGGCCAGCACCGGUGAACUGUACCUUUUCUGCAAAGGAGCAGACUCCUCCAUCUUCCCAAGGGUUAUAUCAGGCAAGGUGGAUCAAGUCAGAGCUCGGGUGGAGCACAAUGCAGUGGAGGGUCUUCGGACACUCUGUGUGGCAUACCGGCCGCUCAGUCCGGCGCAGUACCAGGAGGUGUGCUUACUUUUGAGUCAAGCCAAGUUGGCACUACAGGACAGGGAUAAACGUCUGGCGGAGGCUUAUGACAUUAUUGAGAAAGACCUCAUCCUGCUAGGAGCCACUGCUGUGGAAGACAGACUCCAAGAAAAAGCGGCAGACACCAUUGAGUCCCUGCACAAAGCUGGAAUGAAGGUGUGGGUGCUGACAGGUGACAAGAUGGAGACGGCAGCCGCCACUUGCUAUGCCAGCAAGCUCUUCCACCGCAACACGCAGAUCCUGGAGCUGACCACCAAGCGCACAGAGGAGCAGAGCCUUCACGAUGUCCUAUUUGAUCUGAGCAGAACCGUCCUCAGGCAGCAUGGCGGCAUGAGCAGGGACGUUUCUGGUUUAUCAGGUGACUACAUGGACUAUGGCCUCAUCAUCGAUGGAGCAACCCUCUCAACGGUAAUGAAGCCAGGCCAGGAGGACUCAAACUCCGGAAACUACAAAGAGAUUUUCCUAGAAAUUUGCCGCAACUGCAGUGCUGUCCUCUGCUGUCGAAUGGCGCCGCUUCAGAAAGCGCAGAUUGUGAAGCUGAUCAAGACUUCCAAGGAGCAUCCAAUCACACUUGCCAUUGGAGACGGAGCCAAUGAUGUCAGCAUGAUCCUCGAAGCUCAUGUUGGCAUAGGUAUCAUGGGUAAAGAAGGACGUCAAGCAGUGAGGAACAGCGACUAUGCCAUUCCCAAAUUCAAACACCUGAAGAAGAUUCUGCUUGUCCAUGGACAUUAUUAUUACAUACGCAUCUCUGAACUUGUGCAAUACUUCUUUUACAAGAAUGUCUGUUUCAUCUUCCCGCAAUUUCUAUACCAGUUCUUCUGUGGUUUCUCACAACAGCCACUCUAUGAUACAGCCUACUUGACUCUGUACAACAUUAGCUUCACUUCCCUGCCCAUUCUGGUCUACAGUCUCAUUGAACAGCACAUCAACAUGGACAUCCUGAAGAAGGACCCGUCCCUAUACAGGGACAUUGCCAAGAAUUCAUUACUGCGGUGGCCCAUCUUCAUUUAUUGGACUCUCUUAGGUGUAUAUGAUGCCAUUGUGAUAUUCUUUGGUGCUUACUUCCUGUUUGACAACGCCACCUUUACCAGCAACGGACAGCUAAUGACAACCAACACACAGAUGAUGUUUGGAAACUGGACCUUUGGGACGCUGGUCUUUACAGUGCUGGUCUUCAUAGUUACAUUCAAGUUGGCCCUUGAUACACAUUACUGGACCUGGAUCAACCACUUUGUAAUAUGGGGCUCGCUUAUCUUCUUUGUGGUGUUCUCUCUGCUGUGGGGAGGAAUCAUCUGGCCCUUCCUCAACUACCAAAGGAUGUACUAUGUAUUCAUGCAGAUGUUGUCUAGUGGCCCUGCAUGGCUGAGCAUAGUACUGUUGAUUAUAUCCAGUCUUCUGCCAGAUGUUCUGAAGAAGGUCAUCUGGAGGUCUCUUUGGCCCACUACCACUGAACGUAUACAGAAUGCCGAUAAAGUAUACAAGGGUCAGCUUUCCGAGUUCACCCCCCUGUCAUCUAUCCACGCUGCUCCCAAUGCUGGCAGCCGCCGUCGAGGUUCCGGCAUCCACAGGAACACGCCUAACCCUACAAGGUCUGAACCUUUUACCAAGAAAGCCAUGGUGACACGCUGGCAGAGGCCCCCAGAUUAUUGCACCUUCACCCCUCUGCUGGGAUUCACCGAUGUCAACCGCACGUCAAAGCAGGGCCAAACCUUCAGUCGGGCUGGACCAGAGACUUUGGUCUAAUUUCUGAAUUGUCAUAAAACAGUGUCGUGAGCAGAACUAACUGAAUCCUAUUCAAAUGGACCAAAUAGGAUUUCCAAGUCGAGCUGUGCUAAGCUAAUUUUCCGAUGUCACUACGCUGGAGUAACAGAACAUGUCGCGAAUAGCGGGUAUGCGUCACCACACUGCAAGGGGUUGACUGUUGCCAAGUCAGCAGUCAAGCAUGACACAAAGCAUUGUGGGAUGACUAUGGAGAGGACUACAUUCCGAUCAGGGCUCAGUGUCACAGCUUUGCAGCUCAACAUUAGCACUGGAAUCAUCUUUAAUUCUGAAGUGCAAUUGGAUUGUUGGGAUAUAGUUGGGUUUUUAUUUUCUUGUAUUAUGAUGGUUAACCAGCCAUUGUCUUCUAUGCAGACUGAAAUUUUGACGAUGAUGACCAUGAGAGCACUUCUAGCCCCUAUGACCUGAGCAAACAUCUCCUUCAUUCCUUCCUUCCUUCCUUCUUUCUCACUGUCCGUGUGCUCUGUGUCUUUACAGGACAAACUGGUCCUCUCUGCGUGCAAACACAUUGUCCAGAAACACUUCAUAGGACACACUGCAACGCUGUAAGAAAAGUGUCUCAAGGGCAGGGGACUGCGUGUUUACACUUGUAGGCUUCGCCGUGUCCCUAGUCUAACUAGCAUCUUGCAUAUAUUUCAGUGUGUAUUGCGUUUUGCCUUUGUGUGGUAGGCAUUCUAAUAGCAUGUAUACUGCCAACCGUUGACUAGUCAACCUUUGAUCGUGGCCCUUUUUCCAAAGAAUAUUCCGCUAGCAGUGGUACUUGUGUGACUGCGCUCGCUGUCUCGUUGCCUUUGAUGUUGUGGAGUGAAUACUGCACCGCUCAUAUUUACCAGAGGUGCAGAAUGACAAAGUGACAUCAUGGAGGCUACAGCUGGUUUAUUGUGCUGUAAAUCGGCCAAUAUGCCUGUUAUGGUGUUACCUUGGUCACAGAAGAGCAGGGGUUUUUUUUUCAUAAAAUAUUCCCCUUCCUCCUCUCGUUUUCUUUCUUUCUCCUUGUCCUUCACGCUCUCCUCCAGUCGUUGCCUCUGUGGCGAUGACGCUGCCGAUAUGGUCCAUCCCACGUGACCGCCAGUUUCGCUUUUGCCGGCUCCUCAUCUUCACGCGUCGCUGCCGCUCCAGUACAUGAAUUGAAAGAAAUAGAUGAAAUGUUUCUCUCUACCUGUUGUCUCUGAACAGCAGCCUUGUCACUGCUUCGGAUCUUUGUAGCUGCUUCCUGUUAGGUGCCUUGUGUAGCUGAUAUCUCUGCGAUGCAGAGUCCACGUGUGGAUGAAUGUAAAAAUGCAUCUCGCGCCGAACAACACUGGAAACCUAUCGAACAACAAACUGCACAAAAUGUUGGACAACUUGCGUAUACUUUCCCUAUUUGUAUGUAUCGUUCUUAUGUUUUAUAUGCCGCAGGACUUAUUUAAAUGCCGUCGACCAAUGUUACAAACUGUGACUUUGUUUUUAAAUGAUGUACAUGUAUUUCUAACGCGAGCGUCACUAUUUGAAAUUGUGUUGCCGCUAGCUAAUGAAAGAAGCAGUUCGUUUACCUUUGUAUCUAAUAUUCUCAUGUAUCACGAGUGAGACCGGUACUGAAACUGAUUUAUGACCACAGGACAGUAUGGAUAUGACACUAAUAAAGUGGAUUGGGGUGGAUGAAGCACUUGACCGUGUGUGCGGAAUACCUUUAAAAGUGAAAAAUGGUGAACGGACACUGCAGAAAAAUUGUCUUUGUCUUUUAUUUGCCUUUUGCAAAAAACAAAACAAUAACAACAAUAAAAAAAUCCAAUGCCUUUUGUGUAUUUGGAAUUCAGAAUUGCACCAAUUGAACCUGUCCUGACUCUUCACCUACCAAAAGUCUCAAAAACAGACAGCUUCCAAAUUGAGUGUUUAUUUUAAAACAUUGUGGAAUUAGUGUCCCGUGUUGCUCAAUACAGACAUUAUCAAUAAAUGUCGACUCAAAUACACAACACAGAGAAGUGAAUAAAUAUUUUGUUCUUUUGUGUCCAAUUUGGGGUCUUUUGUAUGCUUCUUCUAACAGUUGUCUCAACAUUUACUUGUGGGUGCUUGCCCAACCAUGUGUCGCUCCUUUGAAAAAUUAAAAAACACAAUUGGCCAGCUAAA